CCAUAACGCGCGAGGCAUCCUCAGAACGGUACAAAGCACAAGCCGGAAGUUAUGUGGCAGAUGCUCGUCAGCAACACGAAGGUUAUUAGCCACCUCAAAGACGAUAGGGAGGUCCUACUGCAGCCGUGCUUACCCUCGCGCUUUAUGGCCCUGCGUCCGUAUCUGUGUCGGCGUCUGCUCCCAUUCCAUAAGCUAAGUACAUGCCGACACUCAGCAGCGUAAGCAACAACUGAUGCACCCACUCUAAAUUCUUACGGCAGCAUUGGCCCCAACCGGUUCACAGGAUCUUCAAGUUUUGCAGGCAGAGUGUAAUUCCUUGCGCGAGGCAGAUAGUUUGAAGACAAUCGAGCUCAAGGAGGCAUACGAGCGCAUCGCACAGCUCGAAAGGAUGUGUGAUGAGCUAUCGUCUGGCCUCCACAGGGCUUUCGUCCAGCACGCCGAGACCAUCAAAAACGUGCAGGUGCUGGAAGCUCAGCAACAUGAGACGUGCAACCCGACUGUGAGCGGACGGAGCACCUCGAUCGAUUUGGGUGGUCGCGAAAGCCCGAAGAGCAUCUCGGAUAUGACAGAGGCGGAUGCAGACCGGCUUCUGGUCACUCUUAAGGCACUGCUGCUCACGCCUAGCAGCAGCGGACAGCGGACAGUAGAUGGGUCAAGACUCGCGGGGAUCCGCUUCCACAGGAGGCUGCCCACGGCUGCAAUCCUCGUGUUCAGGUACUGCCUUCUCUUCCGUGCCUUUCAGGCGAGCCGAACAGCGAUCUUCGAUCAACUCGCGGCCGUCAUCUCGCAGCAGGUUAACUGGGGCCAAAGCGACAACGAAUGCCUGGCCUACUGGCUGUCCAACACCGUGGUGCUGCACAUACUCUUUAAGGACGUCAGACGCGCCUCCAGCCACGUGGACGAGGCAAACACUGACGAUUGGAUGUCACUUCCCUGUGUCCGGUCACAAAAAAAUUCGUCCUAUUGGCUCAAGCAGCUCGUGGCCAAGUAUCCAGCUCUGCUAUUCAAGCAUCAGCUGGCUGUCAUCGUGGAGACCACAUUUUCCUUGUUGCGUGCGAACGUGCGCAAGGAGAUUUCCCUAAUUUUGGAGGACUGUAUCUUAACGCCCAAGGCGUCAUCUGGCAGCACGGUUGCCCGCACCGGUGCCACCGUGGCGCAGCAAGCGGACCCGUCCAAGGCCUGGACGGAACUUCUGCGCGUGCUGGACACGUUGCUGGGUGUGGCCGAGGCCAAUUACGUGGCCCAGGUGCUGGUGGAGGUGGCAGACUGGACCCGGGAGCGGUGUCCGAAAAUCGCGGGCUCGUUAGAGGAGUUCGAGCACCUGAGACAGGCGGCAACUUUCCUCCUGCUGACUGACAAGCAAAGCAGGAGCCUAGAGGAGAUUACCAAACUCUACCCACGGCUGUCCAUCCAGCAGCUCUACCGCCUCUCCUACUUCUACCUGGACGACAAAGGGGAAACCCAGACGGUUUCCCCCCGGGUGCUGCACCACAUGCAACAGGUCAUGGAGGACUCGAACAUCAUUCCAUGCCCGGGACUGCUUCAAGUCGAGAACCUCUGCCUUCCCUUCCAGACGAUCAAGCUGCUGUCGAGCUUAGACAACAAGGACCUCUACGUUAACCUGCACGCUUCCGGCUAAGGAGUGGGGACGGCUACUUGUCCUUCGCCAUCCUGCAGGAGGUGCUGCAGGAUGGCGUACAGCCAUGAAUGGAUGGCGUACCACCAAUGCCGUUGUGUGUAGUCCCUAGUGCACGAAAUCUGAUUGCAUCACCAUAUUCCAGGUGAAGAAAUGGAGUCAGGGGCCAACCCAUAAUAUGUCGUACCAGCAGAUGCCACGACCAGCUGUAGGGUAGUAGUGAGACGUGGUGAAGCACUCCACCAGCAAUGCACGUGACUCUUCACGUCAUAAGUAACGGCAUUCGUGGUGCGUGGACGGGCAGCUGCAAAAUACUCAAGCUACGCUCUGUACAUACUUUAGGUGCUUGCAAGGACUGCUGAAUUAGCACGUGCUUCACAUCUAGGAGUACCUCGUGAAUUCACUGCUGUUAUUAAGAUCUAAACUGUUUGUGACCGGGCAUUAUGGCCUUUAUGGCAUUCGUUUUCAUGGCAUGGUCGAUGACUAUGGCGUACCUAUUCCCCCAUUAUGCCGUAUAUAAGUGACACGGUUGCACAUGUCUGUGUUUUGUGGAACUGCUACUUUCGCAUGCGCAUUUCGCCUUCGCGUAUGACCAUCCGCUCACGCUGGUGGAUUGGCAACUUUGCAUUGUAUUUUUGGUAACACGAAAAGUGUGUCUCUGUGUGUUACAUGGUCGUUGGGGUGUGUACCCCGUACCUGCAAACCGUCCAAUACG